AUGCCUCUUCCCGCGGAAACGUCGUCCUCGCCCCGACCGAGACCGAGUCCCGUCCUCCGGGUCCUUCAGCGCGAGGACCCGCCGACGAAAAGGUCUCGGGCUCUUGCAUCGGAGUCCCGUCGGAUUGGAGAGCAGUGCGGGCGCCCGGGCCGCCCCGUGAACGGCACGGUGUCCACGUCGGGCCGCUUCUACUUCCCCGGCGAGCGCGUGGCCUACAAGUGCCUGGAGGGCUUCGUGCUCUUCGGCGCCGACGAGAGGACGUGCCACAAAAACGGCACUUGGAGCGACGAGGUGCCGCUCUGUGACUUCAACCUGGCGCGGGGCAAGCGGGCGCUGCAGAGUGCCACGCUGUGGUCGUACGUGCCCGAGAUGGCGGUCGACGGCAACCCCGACACCUGCUCCUUCACCCCCCGCGGCCCCGACCCCCGCUGGUGGCAGGUGCACCUCGGCCACAAGUUCAACGUCAUGAGCGUCGGCGUCACCAUCAGCCCAGGAUCCUUCCAGGAGUUCACCAUCUACGUCAUCGAGCUGCUGACGGACAACAAGGCGCUGUACAAACCCUGCACGACAUUCAAGGGUGUGUUCCAGACGCACAAGGCCAUCUUCCAGUGCAACGACGGCCUGGGCCACCCCGGCCAGUUCGUGUACAUCCGCGACGACCGGGAGGAGCAGGAGUACUUCGGGCUGUGCGAGGUCGAGGUCUUCGCCUUCAGGGAGCGCAUCCCCUGCGGCGAGCCGGAGGUGCCUGUCGAGGGCGAGGUGGAGCGCGAGGGCGAAACCAAGGCCGUGUACACCUGCCGCGCCGGCUUCCGGCUGGAGGGCGACCCCGUCCUCACCUGCUCCUCCAAGGGCAAGUGGGAGGGCCAGGCGCCCAAGUGCAAGGAGUCCCAGUGCCCCCCUCCGGGCCACAUCAGCCACGGCUUCAUCGAGGUGGCCAACUUCCGUGGCGUGUACGGCUACGGCACGGUGGCCACGUACAGCUGCAACCCCGGCUACGUGCUGCAAGGCAACAGCACGCGCACCUGCGACCACUCGGGCAAAUGGACGCUCGAGCCGCCCUCCUGCCAAGCCGUGACGUGCGGGCCGCCGCCGGUCUUCGCCAACGCGCGCUACACCCUCCUCAACGGCUCCACGCAUUGGAACGGCAUCGCCGUCUACUCCUGCGCCGACGGCUACAGGCUGCAUAGAGACACGGGCGACACCGUGUCCACGUGCAUGGACAGCGGCAGUUGGAAGUUCAUCAACGUCACGUGCAUCCCCGUGGAGGCGUCGGCGACAGCGGCGGGCGUGCGGCGAGGCAGCGGGCGUGCGCUAACAUUUGACCAGGACGCUGCGGGCGCAGCCGAGCCGCAGGGCACGCAGGGCCUGGUGGUUGCCUUGGCCAUUAUGGCGGGCCUUCUGACGGCGGCCAUGCUGGUCGUGGGCGUCCUCCUGGCGCGGCGCCACCUCAUCUCCGGCCCCGGGUCGCUGCGCUCGCUGGUGCGCUCCUCGCCCACCAAGGACGCCACGCUCUACGGCGCCAUGGUCGGUCCGCGCCACCACGACGUCUCCAACACCGUCAGCGCCAGCAGCGUCGCCGGGACCACGCCCAGCUCCCUGGGCCCCGCGGGCGGCCCGGGCGCGCCUCCACCUAGGGGCGCGCUCUUCCAGCAGAACCUGCUGGCCAACCUGCCGCUGCGGCCGCCCGACCAGCACAGCCUCGCCGGCAGCCACGGCACCGCCGUCACCGCCUCCGAGCUCGACGACGACCCCAACUACGCGCAGAUCCCCGGCCAGGAGCCGCCGUACGAGCGCGUGCGCACCCGCUCCGAGCACAGCUACGAGACGCUGCGCAAGAAAAGCUUCGCGUCCGACCUGGACAGCGAGGCCGGCAGCGUGCUGGACGACAAGGACAGCGUGGGCUACGAGUCCCUGAAGGACGCCAAGGGCAAGGACUCGGGCUACGAGACGGUCAGGGAGAAGGACCACGACUACGAGACGGUCAAGAGCAAGGAGCCCGGCUACGAGACGCUCAAGGGCGCGGCGGACCAUGGCUACGAGACGGUGCGCGAGGCGGGGCCGCGGCACCACGGCUACGAGACACUCAAGCCCAAGCCCCCGCCGCCCAGGACGGAGGGCGGCGCCGGCGAGGGCGAAGACACGGUGCCGGACAUCCUGCAGAACCUGUCGAGCGGCGCCCAGGGCGGCGACGUGCCCCCAGAGAUCAUGGCGCUCUACGCCCGCGUCGACAAGACCAAGAAGCGCCGCCGCGCCGCCGCCAGCGACUCCGACAGCCCGCUUCCGAGCGCGGCGAGCUCCCCGACACCUCCGGACGCCGAGAACCCCCCCUCCUCGCCGAGCGUCAGCAGCGACUUCAGCCACGUCGCCACGAGCUCCGGCGUGAGCAGCGCCUCCGCACACUCGCCCGUGUGCCCCAGCAUCAGCAGCACCAGCAGCACCGCAAGCAUCAGCGAGCCGCCCACAGACGUGAGCUUCGUCAGCGAGUCGAGCGCGCCGGCCGCUGGCGCCCAGGCGGCGCGAGAACUUAUCCGGAAGUUCAACCGCCUCACCAGCGACGAGGAGGCGCCCUUCCCGCGCAGCCGCCAGGGUAGCGUCGCCAGCGACACGGGCAGCCUGCGCCCCCUGCCACCCCUGCCCAAGGACAGCAACUCGCCCACGACCCCCUGAGGGAGGGAGGCCAGCCACUGGCGACCCCCUGGGCGAGGAGUCCCGGAGUUUGCCUCGAGAUCAAAAAUGAAAAUGAAAACGGGCUCUGCUUGAGGCCGAGGCAGGACUCAGUUAUGAACUUCGAAAGAAAAGUUGAGACUUUCUUGCAUAUUACGUGACAAUGCGUUGCACUGAGCAUAAUACGAAAAACUGGUUCACUUUGCCAGUGCUGUGAUGUGGCUACUCGUCAAACCCAGAUUGUGGUUCAGGAAAUUUAGAAUCAGAGGAUAGUUUUGCGAAGAAACUGUAAAUAUUCUUCAUAUAUGUGAUCCUGUGAUCAUUGCAGAAUUGAAUGUAACUUUGUAUAAUUGUAUAAAAGUGAUAUCAAAGUGUCUUAGUUUUGUAUAAAUUAAAAGCGACUGUGUUAAUACAAUGUUAAUAUGCAUAUAUGCCUGCACAAUAAUAUUCAUAAUGUACUUUUAUGAACUAAUUUCUUUUAACAGAGUAUACUGUCUUCUUUUGUCUUGAUAAAAUAUACAGGAGACAUGGACAAUAAAAAAAACUAUGAGUUUAUAUGUUACUUUUGUAUUCAGAGACAUGAUUUUUCCAAGCAAAUCACACACACACACACGCACACACGCACACACGCACACACGCACACA